UUCUUUAAAAAAGAAUGCAAACCGGAUGUGGAAAAUCCUUGAUUUUAUUACGCAGAAGAGUUUCAAUAAGGGAUUUUUUGCUUGGUUGACAGGCACUCAACAAUGUUCCCGAGAUUGAGAGCCAGUCUACCAGUUUGUGCCCAGUGCUGGAAAAGAAUUCUUCCCAGUUGUUCUUUUCAAGCCACCUAUCAACAAAGAUUACUGAAAUACCAUCGAAACCAAAGUUCAACUGACAUCCAAAAUGAACGAAAGUUUUCUUUUAAUCACUGUUUGUGGCAAGAACAAGCAUCAACUCCAUCAGAGGAUACCAAGAUCAGUGUUGAAAAUAAUCCUCACUUUAUAAAAUACGAAAAGCAGCUACAACAGCUAAAAAGUACAUCUCCUGAAUUGUAUGAAGAGAAACUUGAGCAGUUAAAAGAACGAUUGAGACCUAAACAUGUAAAUGAAACAGAUCCUAAGAAGAAGGAAACAGAUACUGCUACUAUGAGGACUAGAGCUACAAGUGUCAAGCCAAAGACUCUAGAUAGCAUUUUGAAGAUAGAUCUUGUAAAAGACAAGUCACCUGCAGAACUAGAACAGUUGUGGAAAGAAUAUCACAGUAAGAAAGACUGCAUUUACUCUGUAGUCAAGGAAGAAGAUUAUGUGAAUCUUAUUACCAAGUCUCAGAUUGCUCCAGUGUUUAUUUAUCCAUUGCCCAGAGAGGAUGGUUAUGAAUUUUUGCUGUCACAAAUAUCUGGAAAUGAGGUUUAUUUUACACCAUUGGCAAUGUAUCAGAAACUGAAGGAAAAUGCACCGCCAUGUCUGACGCUGAUACACUACACUGAAUUUCAGAAAGAGAAAGGUAUUGUUUUGAUGAAUGGACAAUAUGACAGCAGCCAACUAAAUCUACAAGAGGCGUUAAGCCUAGUAAACCAGAUGGCCUUGUACUAUGGACCCGGCACUGCCAAGUUCAACCUGGUGUGGCAGUUCAACCAUACACCAGACAAGUUCAACUACCAGGAUCUAAUAGAGAAUCUGCAAAACAUCCACCAGCUUAUGAAGUCAUGACAUUAAAGUUGCAUAUUACUUAA